AUGAUGAGUCCAAAGGAAAAGAAAUUUGUGAGAUUUGAAGAUUGGAAAUCAGAAUCAUCAUCUUUUAAUAUUUCACAAUAUGAUUCUUCAAUUGAUGGAUUUGAAAAAAGAAAAUCUAAACCAAGUUUUAGUCCUGCAAAAAACAAUGAACCAUUGCAAAAACCAGCUUCUAGGUGGAGUGUUCUUGAUCCACAAGGUCCACUACUUCAAAAAUGGAACAAGAUCUUUGUAAUAACAUGUGUCAUGGCAGUGUCGAUGGAUCCGCUGUUCUUUUACAUCCCUGUGAUUGAUGACGAGAAAAAGUGCCUUGAUUUGAGUGGAACUUUGAAGAUUACUGCGAGUGUUCUUCGCACCUUUUUCGAUCUUUUCUACAUUCUUCGUAUAGUGUUUCAGUUUCGAACCGGGUUUAUUGCUCCUUCUUCGCGCGUGUUCGGAAGGGGUGAGCACGUUGAUGAUCUUUGGGCUAUAGCAGUUAGAUACUUAACUUCUCAUUUCAUCAUUGAUAUUCUAUCAAUUCUUCCACUUCCUCAGAUGGUUAUUUUGGCUAUAAUUCCAAUUCAACGAUGCUCAGUUCCAUAUAUAGCAAAGGAUUGGUUGAAGUAUACAAUAAUAACACAGUAUGCACCGAGACUUUUGCGAAUCUAUCCGUUGUUCAAAGAAGUAACAAGCACUUCUGGUAUAUUGACUGAGACGGCAUGGGCUGGAGCUGCUUAUAAUCUUUUUCUUUAUAUGCUAGCAAGUCAUGUGGUUGGAGCUUUUUGGUAUUUGUUUUCAAUAGAAUCAGAGUUGCGGUGUUGGCGCAAACGAUUGAAGAAUACUGGACUUUUUGAUGAUUCCUAUUUGAGCUGUGGAUGGGUUAAUUCGACUGUUUUUUCGUUUCUCAGCAACUCGACUACUUGUCCUUUCAAAGAACCCGAUGAUAUCGUUGAUCCAACAGUUUUUGAUUUUGGAAUAUUUAUUGAUGGUCUAGAGUCUCGUGUCGUCGGUUCGACUACAGACUUUCAUCAUAAAUUCUUCUACUGUUUUUGGUGGGGUUUGCGCAAUUUGAGUUCUGUUGGGCAGAACCUGAAGACAAGCACUUAUAUUGGGGAGAUAAUCUUUGCGAUCUUCAUCGCCGUCUUUGGAUUGGUUCUAUUCGCAUUACUUAUUGGAAACAUGCAGAAAUAUCUACAAUCUACAACUGUUAGAGUUGAAGAGAUGAGAAUCAAAAGGAGGGAUGCAGAACAAUGGAUGUGCCACCGUAUGCUACCGGAGUACAUGAAGCAAAGAAUUCGACGGUAUGAACAAUACAAAUGGCAAGAAAAUCGAGGUGUCGAAGAGGAGACGUUGAUUCGCAACCUCCCUAAAGAUCUCAGAAGAGACAUAAAGAGACAUCUUUGCUUAGAUUUACUUAAAAAAGUGCCUAUUUUCGGCAACAUGGAUAAACAGUUGCUGGAUGCAAUGUGUGAUAAACUCAAACCAGUCCUUUAUACCGAGAAAAGUUAUGUUGUUCGCGAAGGUGAUCCGGUGGACGAAAUGCUCUUCAUCAUGCGCGGAAAACUUAAGACCGCAACAACAAAUGGUGGAAGAACUGGUUUCUUUAACUCGUCGGAGCUUAAGUCUGGUGAUUUUUGUGGAGAGGAGCUUCUAACAUGGGCAUUGGAUCCUAACACUUCCUCUAACUUACCUAUUUCAACUAGUACUGUGGAAACUAUUUCAGAAGUUGAAGCUUUUGCUCUCAUGCAUGAUGACUUGAAGAUUGUUGCUUCUCAAUUUCGCCGUCUUAUCAACAGAAAACAACUUCAACACACUUUUAGGUUCUAUUCAUUGCAAUGGAGGACAUGGGGAGCGCGGUUCAUACAAGUAAUAUGGCGUCGAUACAGAGAAAAAAGGGCUCAUAAAGCGUUACGUGAAGCAGAUGUAAGACUACAAAAUGCUUCUGAAAAUGAGGAAGAGUGUUCACCAAGCUUUGUUUCCACCAUGUAUGUACAAAGGUUUGCAUCUAAUGCAUUAAGGCACUUAAGAAGUGACAAAAGAGUGAUGCUGACGCAGACACAGACACCGACAAAGAGAUUGCUACCACUCUUGCCUAAGAAACCAGCUGAGCCAAAUUUCAUUACUCAAAAGAACUAA